GGAAACCUUUUUCUACAUACACAAAGUCCUGUAUAUAUAGAGGAGGAGGCUGCCGGUCAGACAUCACUCCGCUCACAAUGGCAGCGUACACGAGCCUCCUCCUGGUGAUCGCCCUCUGUGCCGCCACAGCUCUCUCUCUGCAGUGCUUUACCUGUACAUCCCAAUCUUCCAACGAUCAUUGUCUGACACCGGAAAACUGCACCAGCAGCGACAAGUAUUGUCAGACGUCUGUGGCAUCCGUCUCAGUCGCUGGGGCUUCGGCUGCCACCAUCAAUAAGAUGUGUGCCGUGUCCUGCACUGCCUCCAGCACUAACGUCCUUGGCGUCUCCAGCUCCACCACCUGCUGCUCCACCGACCGGUGUAACACCAGCGGCAGCACCAGCCUCCAGUCCAGCUAUGCCGCCAUCAUCCUGGCGCUGGGAUCCAUCCUGACAAUCCUGAAGAGCUCAGUCCUGUAACCUCAGGGACGAGCGGUUCACUGAUCAGCUAUUGCUAUGGGAAUAAAAUCUUUAAUUUGGUAUCUCUGCUUGCUGUUACUGAAUGGAAACCUCCCUGUUUGUAUCAAUAAACUGAAUUCUCACACAGA